AUGGACGCUCUGGCCGUUGAGACCCUUGUCAGGGUUUUAGGUAAGGAGUCGCAGCAUUCAAUUGCAUGCAAGGUGUUUGAUGAAAUUCUCGUGGAAGACAAUUGCCUUGAUGUCCGUGCUUAUACAAUAUUGCUACGUUCCUAUGCGAGGUCGGGAGGUAUGGUAAGGCGAUUUUGUUGCUUGAGAGGAUUAAAGAUAAAGGUUUAUUGCCUAGCAUUGACUUACAAUGUGAUGCUUGAUGUCUAUGGCCGAAAGGGGCGAUCUUGGGGAAAGAUUUUGGGUCUUUUGGAUGAGACAGGGAGUAAUGGGUUGGAUCUCGAUGAGUUCACUUGUAGCCCUAUGAUCGCUGCUUGUGGGAGAGUAGAGUUGUUACAGGUGGUGAUGGAGUUUUUCAAACAAUUGAAGUCUCAAGGCUAUGUUCCGGGUACUGUAACUUAUAAUUCUCCACUUCAAGUAUUUGGGAAGGCUGGAAACUACCCUGAGAAAUUGAGAAUUCUGAAAGAAAUGGAGGAAUGCAAUUUUGAAGCUGAUGCUAUUACUUACAAUGUGUUAGAUGCUACCUAUGCUAGAGCUGUCAUAAGUGCUUAUGGGAAAGCUGAGAGAGAGGAUGAGGCAUUGGAUUUGUUCUACAGGAUGAAAGAAUUGGGCUGUGUUCCUAAUGUUUGCAUUUAUAACACUGUUCUUGGCUUGCCUAGAAAGAAAUCAAGGUCAGGAAAGAUGUUGGAGGUUCUUCUUGAGAUGAAGUCUAAUAGUUGUAUACCGAAUAGAGUCACUUGGAAUAUUAUGAUGGCAGUGUGUGGAAAGAGAGGAAUGGAGAGUCGUUGUGGAUCGCGUUCUCAUGCUUUGAAUAUGUAUGAUGAGAUGGCCAAAGGGGGAUUUAGCCCUUGUCUUACAACCUACAAUGCUUUGCUGAAUGCAAUUGCAAGAAAUGGUGAAUGGAGAGCUGCAGAGUCAGUUAUGGAUGAUAUGAGGAAGAAGAGAUUCAAGCCAAAUGAGCUCUAUUACUCUCUUUUGCUCCGAAGUCAUGCAUAG